AGUUCGCGGCCGGCCGGCUGCUGCAGGCCCAGGCGGGUCCUUCGGCCGGGCAGGCGGCGGCGCAGCGCGCUGCUGAGGAGCCCGUCGGUCCAGGAUGGGAAACCACGUGGGAAAGCGAGAGCUCAGUGCCCAGAAGGGCAGUAAGAACGGUGAAGCUAGCAGAAGAGAAUCUGAAGCAAAGCGCAACCUUGGUGAACUUGCAGAAGACAAUGAUGUGUUCGGAGAGGCAGAUGCGAACCAGAACAAUGGGACCUCGUCUGAGGACACAGCGGUGACAGACUCCAAGCGCACAGCAGACCCAAAGAAUGCCUGGCAGGGUGCCGACCCAGCUGACCCAAGGAGCCGCCCCCACUUGAUCCGCCUCUUUUCCCGAGAUGCCCCAGGGAGGGAGGACAACACCUUCAAAGACAGGCCCUCUGAGUCCGACGAGCUCCAGACCAUCCGAGAAGACACUGCAGCAGUUUCCGAGAGCCUGGAUGUGAUGGCGUCACAGAAGAGACCCUCCCAGAGGCACGGAUCCAAGUACCUGGCCACAGCAAGUACCAUGGACCAUGCCAGGCAUGGCUUCCUCCCAAGGCACAGAGACACAGGCAUCCUUGACUCCAUCGGGCGCUUCUUUGGCAGUGACAGGGCUGCGCCCAAGCGGGGCUCCGGCAAGGUACCCUGGCUAACGCAGAGCAGGAGCCCUCUGCCCUCUCAUGCCCGCAGCCAGCCUGGGCUAUGCAACAUGUACAAGGACUCACAUCACGCAGCAAGAACGACCCACUAUGGCUCCCUGCCCCAGAAGUCGCAGCGGUCCCAAGAUGAAAACCCUGUAGUCCACUUCUUCAAGAACAUUGUGACACCCCGCACACCUCCUCCGUCUCAAGGAAAGGGAGCCGAGGGGCAGAAACCAGGAUUUGGCUAUGGAGGCAGAGCUGACUACAAAUCCAAGGGAUUCAAGGGGGCCCAUGAUGCCCAGGGCACGCUUUCCAAAAUCUUUAAACUGGGAGGAAGAGACAGCCGCUCGGGAUCUCCCAUGGCAAGACGCUGAACCCCUUCCCGGUCCCUCCAGAUCCUGUCCUCAGCUUCUUAAUAUAACUGCCUUAAACUUUAAUUCCGUUUGAUUAGCUAGUUAGCGCAGAUGACCUGUCACCUAAUCACGUUGAGUUGUGCACACAGUGGGCCAGGCACAUAGCAGCUUACUGGAAAUUUUUAGCCGAAAGUUCAAUAGAGAAGAGGAAAACAAACCUGGUGAGACUGUUUCAUUCUGGUGGAGAUGGAGGCUUCUCGGGGCCCGCCCUGCACCGUGCCCCACGCGCGUCACUCCACUUCGCAGGUCCCAGUGCACAGAUGCCCCUCCCGGCUCCCCACCCCAUCCUUGGACUUGUUUUGUGCCUCGCGGGCACCCCUCAAGCUUUGCCGACACUGCCAUUGAGACACACCGCCAUGGAACCAGAGGACACGGACGCGGGGCGACUGUUAUGAUCCAGGCUUCUUUGUUUUCUUUCCCUGCCAUUCUCUCACCUCUUAGAGUACAUUUUAUUUUUCCUAACAGGAUUAGACAGUCAGGGAGUGGCUUCGACAUGAGGGAGCUUUCGGUAUGUGGACGCGGGCUGGGCAGCUGUGAGAGUCCAGUGUGGGGCAGCGCAGAGGGGGCUGCAGGCUGGCUGCCCCCACGCCCCACCAGCUGAAUUCGAGCGUGGCAGAGGGAGGGAAAGGAGGCAAAUGGGCUGGGCGAUGGCCCCCAAAGGGGAACGGGAACUGUGGGAGAUUAGAUGCUAAAGAUGUCGCGUGUGUGGCUUCCGGAUGGCACUGUCACCCUGCACAGCGGCCACCUGAACAGCCACUCUCAAGAUUUCCGUUUCCCCACCAGAGUCCAGGCGGCGAGUCCAGGGAGAUGGCACAUCUCAGAAUGGGACUGCAGGAGUCCUCUGGAUGUCCUCAUGGUGUCAUCUGGUCACGUCUUGGCGUUGGGUGUGACCACCAUCCGUAGCUCACAAUGGCAGUGUUCAUCGGCAUACACUAACAAGCAGUAAAAAGAUAAUGUCCUGUCCUACAAACGACCUUCCUUAGUGAAUGACCUUGGAGAACACCCCUCCUCGAAUCACUAACAAAGACGCAGGGCUGCAAGAAGCCUCUGAAUUGAACUUCUAACUUCUGCUGCCUCCUCGUGUCUCUCACUAACCCACUGACACUUGCCUUUUGGUUUAGUUCGUGUUCAGAAACUGCCAGAGACGCCCACACUGGCAUCAUUCUCUCAGAGAAUGAAGAUGAGGAGUAAAUAGUCUACACAGCGCCAGAAUGCAACUUCUUAAUCCCAUUCUAAUUCCAAAUGUUUAGUGUGGGUUUAAAGUAAUACCUAUUAAUACAUUAGAAGAAGGGAACAAAAUUCUGGAAACCCUCCAAAUUUUCAAAUGAGCACUCGCCCCCUCUGUGCUGAGUCGGCUGAGUGAACUCACCUGUGGCUGUGUCCAAGCAGCAGGGGCUGCGGAAUGGGCCCACGGGACCACAUACUGCUCUUGGAUAUCAAAAUAAAGUAAUAAACUUGUAA